AUGUCCAAUUUCCCCAAGCUUAUUCCGGCCUUCACGGUCCAAAUCCAUCUCGACGUCCCCACCCAAAUCGGCGUCGUCGCCGUCGGCAGCUCCCAAUUCCACGCGGCCUUCCUCCCGAACACGGGCGUCCUCCGGUCGGAGCCGGACUACCCGAUCAAGGUCGACGCCGUCUUCGUCCACGGCGCGGACUACCUCCGCGGCGAUCCGGACGGGCGCUACGUCCGGCUUGAGGUGUCGAGCGUCCUCAAGGACAAGCCGACGGGCGCGGCGAUCCGCUUCGACUACACGGGGACCAUUGACGUCUCCGGGCCGGCCGGGACGGUCCUGAAGGGGUUGCCCGGGGCCAAGACGACGGAGUUUGGCGAUGCCUUCACGCACGCCAAGUUCGAGACGGGGCACGAGGCGCUCAAGGAAAUCCAGAGCAAGGUCUAUGUCGGGUCCGGACGGUUCGUCGUCGAGGAGGGGAAGCCGGUUGUGGUCGAAUACAAGAUCAGCGAGGUGGCGGCCUAG